AUGGAACAGAAUCAUCUAAAAGAUAACGUUGGCGUGAAGGAAGAAGAUGAUCACUCAAAGGGUCUAUGGGAUACAGCUUUGAACCCUCCCAGCCGCAAUGUUCUCCCUACAGCAGCGUCACUGGCUCACUCACGCUCUUCUAUCAUCACUGAGCUCCCUCGAACCGGUCAAGGAUAUAACCAGGCAAAACACCAUCUGUUCAAUGAUAUCAUCCCUGGCCUAAACGACAGCGCAAUUAAUGCGAAUUACUACGGCUUCGUGACCGGUGGGGUCACCCCCGCUGCAUUGUUAGCCGAUAAUGUCGUUUCUACCUAUGAUCAGAAUGUAUGCGUUCAUCUUGUCGACCACUCGGUUACGACGGACGUGGAGUAUGCUGCUCUAUGCCUGUUGAAGGAUUUAUUUGGGCUGAAGAAGGAAGAUUGGCCUCAUGGGACUUUCACCACUGGUGCUACUGGCAGUAACCUGGUUGGUCUGGCGUGUGGAAGAGAAUAUGUCUUGCGGAAGGCAGUUCAGAAAAAGGGAGGCAAUGGAAGUUUGAAAGGCCUGCAGGUCUUGUCUACCCUACCACAUGCAUCGGUGGGAAAGGCUGCUGGAAUCCUGGGAAUUGGGAGAGCGAACGUGAAGUCCAUAGCCACUCAAACUGGUGGAACUGAUGGACAACCGUUGAAGUUCGACUUCGAUGUGCUUGAAAAGGAGCUAGCUAGGGCUGAUGUCGCUACCAUUGUCUCGAUCUCUUGCGGUGAAGUGAAUACAGGACGCUUUGCAACGAAGGGAAUAGAUGAGUUUAAGCGUGUACGAGAACUGUGUGACAAAUACAAUGCAUGGCUUCACGUUGAUGCUGCAUUUGGGGUAUUUGGUCGCGUUCUCGAGGACGGUCCGGAGUUUGAUAUGGUCAAGAAAGGAAGCGAGGGAAUUGAGCUUGCGGAUUCAAUUACUGGCGAUGGCCACAAACUGCUAAACGUUCCAUAUGACUGUGGAUUUUUAUUCUCUCGGCAUGGAGAUGUUGCAGAAGAGGUCUUUAAGAACCCCAACGCCGCCUAUCUUUGUUCUUCGGCUGGGAAUCAUAUACCAACUCCGCUUAAUAUAGGAGUGGAGAACUCAAAGCGGUUCAGGGCUCUACCUGUCUACUCUACCCUUAUUGCAUAUGGGAAAGAUGGCUAUAGGGCUAUGGUAGAGAGACAAAUUAGGCUUGCCAGGCUGAUUACCGCUUGGCUAUAUGACCAUCCCAAAUAUACCGUUCUUGGAGGUGCUGGAUCUAAAGAGGACUUGCUGGCUACUACCUACAUGAUUGUUUUGCUGAGAGCCAAGGAUGAAGGGCUCAACCUCAAACUGGCCGAUGCAAUAAACGCUACGGGCAAGAUUUUUGUGUCAGGGACUAAAUGGUCCGGAGAGGCGGCAUGCAGGAUUGCAAUUUCGAACUGGAAAGUACAGGUCGAGAGAGACUUCAAGCUUGUUAAAGAAGUCCUCGAUGGGGUUGCUCAAUGA